AACCGUUAACAAGCAAAAAAAAAAAUGCUUUGACGGUCAACACAGUAGUUGCCGGGGAUGCUUUUCACGGUAACGUUUUUUGGGUGAGUGCAGGCGGCAGUGGCUCCGCCGGAGAGACGCGCACAGGCAGGCUGCGCACGCGGGCGGCGCUCGCUAAUCAGUGCGCAUUUGUAGCACGUGCAUGCUCCCUCCGACUGGGAAGGAGACUUUCCACCUUCACGCUCUUCCUUUUUUCCGUUUUCACGGAGAGUUAUGAAGCUUGGCGUGUUUAAUGUUGCCUUUUAUUUCUGAUUUACUUUAAAAAAUGCAGAAAUCCUUGAAGAAGUUUUUUUUGAAUAUGGACGAUUACCUGGCCAGCAUCGGCCUAUAUCGGAAAAUGAUGGCUCGGGAUGCGUCCUGUCUAUUUCGAGCUGUUUCCGAGCAGCUUUACUACUCGCAGAAUUACCACCAGAAGAUCCGAAAGGACUGCGUCAGUUUUAUGCGGGCUAACAGAUGCAACUUUGAGCCAUUUGUUGAGGGGUCCUUUGAGAAGUACCUGGAGCGCUUGGAGGACCCCACGGAGACAGCCGGACAAGUGGAGAUAAAAGCUCUGUCUUUAUUAUACAGGCGGGUCUUUGUUAUUUACAGGUACCCUGGAAAGCCUCCCACGGAGAUCGCGGAUGAGGAGUACCCUGAGAAGAUUUUGCUGUGCUGUUCCAGUAACGGGCACUAUGACACUGUCUACCCCAGGUGGUACCCGGUGGACGCGGCCUUCUGCCAGGCGCUGCUCUACCAGCUGCUGUACUGCAGGGUCCUGGGUGUCGACGACUGUGAGGUCCAGGCAGCCCUGGAUGCCUUUCGCAGUGCGGGACGCCGUUACCGUAACAGCCUGUCUCUGUGCAGUGAGGACGCAGGUUACGACACGCCGGACGACCGCUGUCAGAGGGAGGACUGGGAGCUGAAUGGUCUCUGUCAUUCAGAGGACAAAGUGAGACUGUCGGCUGAGGAGUCAAAGGCUGUAGAGGGCGCUGUGAAGCUCUCUCUGCCUUACAAAGCACUCAAGGCGCUGGACCCAGAGAUGUACCGCAACGUGGAGUUUGAUGUCUGGCACGACUGUCGGAAAGAAAUGCAGAAGACUGACUACAUGGUGUUCGCGGGCAGACAGUACUUCCUGGGCGACAAGUGCCAGGUGCGCUUGGACCCCAAGGGGAAGUAUUACAACGCCUUCAUCCAGGAGGUGGGCACACAUGCCAGUGCCGUCACAGUCUUCAUCGAGGAGCUUGGGGAGAAGCACCUGGUGUCCCUGACCAAUCUGAAGCCCGUGAACCCCGUCCCGGCCUGGAACGUGUGUGCCGGCCGCAAGGGGGCCUUCGCCAGGUCCGAGCAGUACCCGGGGGAGCUCGACUCAGAUAUGAGAGGGAAGCGCCGCUUCUUCAAGAAGCCCAAAGGGAAGGAGAUGCUGCUGGCUGUGUCCUACAGCCGCUCCCAGCCUGGCCUCCCGCCUCGCCUGCAGCCCGGCCCCACUGGGGUUCCCUCUGGCCGCCCCCCCCCCAUGCACACUCACCCCCCACCACCUGGCCUGCCCUACGAGCAGUACAGAGCCCACCCGGGCCCUCGGGCCCCCCGCGGAUAUGGGCCUCCAAGGUCAGUGAGUGGCUGUGUGGUGCCCAGGCUGUGCCUUGGUAUGCUUUGUGGGUUACAGGCCUGCAAGGUCAGUGAGUGGCUGUGUGGUGCCCAGGCUGUGCCUUGGUAUGCUUUGUGGGUUACAGGCCUGCAAGGUCAGGGCAAGCGGGUUAGGAGGGGAGGGGGGGGGACGAGACAUGGGGCAAGCGAGGUGGCCAGUUGGUCUUCAGAGGACCAGGGCGAAUAUCCAGAGGAUUACAUGUACACCGCCACAGACCCUGGUUACCAGAAUCCCUCCGUGUUCGCUGCCGCCGAGUCGACCGCCAACCUGACUAUUCAGGAAGGAGGAUCUCGUGCUGGAUCUCCACAAGAGGGCGUCGCCACCUACAGUUACUCCCAACAGGUGGUUGUGAAGUCGGCUGUCAUCUCCUCCUCCCCCACAGCCAACACUGCCCCCGCAGCCAUCUUCACCUCCAACUCCUCCUCAUCCUUGGGCAGCUCUCAGACCCCACCGGGCUCACUGCCGCCCUCUUCGGGUCUAACCCAGACCACCAUGCUGCCACCUCAGUCCAUGGGCAGGCCAGUCUUCUCUGUGCCAUAUCCCCCCACGCCACCGUGGUUUGUGAAUGAGAUGGGGGAAGCCGUCGGCGUUCCCCCCCCGCCACCGUAUUCCUGCGACCCCAGUGGCAGUGACCUACCCCAAGACUGCAAGGUCCUCCAGUAUUACUUUAACUUGGGAGUUCAAUGGUACCAGCAGAGUUACUGGCACUCUAUGGUGCAGAUGCAGCAGGUGUACCAGCCACCCGGCGCUGACCCACCAACCUUCCAGCCCUACAGCAGCGUGCCUCAGGCGUACCCCGAAGCGGGCCAUGCAGCACCCGAUCCCCAGGGGGAGCUCUCCGCCUAUGGUGCCCCCUUGCCCCUGGACCCUCCCCCGGCCGCCCCAGGCACUGUGUUCUACCCUCUAGUACAGGAGCACUGCGGCCAGCCCUCCCCGCAUUCCUACGAGUCCUACGUUCCUGUCCUCCCCACCAGCUUCCACUAUCUCACGCCCUGGACCCCUGGCCCCGCCCAGCCCCCCCUGCACGCCUCCUUUUGCACCUCCCCCUCCCAUCCCAUCAGCUACAUCGCCACACCUGCCCACCCGGGCCCCUUCAUCCCACCCAGCAUGUGACGGCUUGCCUGUUAGAGUACAGCACACCCCUCACAACAUCAGUGACAGGCUGCCUGGUUGCUGCCCCACGUGGUUAAACUUCACUUUUGUUUCUGGGUCUGUCUGUAAUCCCACGUUUGGCUGUUCACGCCCCGUUUCCUGCACACCUUUCAGGGGAGAUAUUUAUGUUCCUGAGUGUUUUUGUACGUUAUUUUUAGGUUUGCAUUAAUAAACUUGUUUUCCCAA